AUGCCAUCGAUCAAUCUCAGCGGCAUGCCGUCGCUAAAACGGCAACACCUUCUGGCUGAAUUCUCUGGUCUCAAACAGGCAUGCCCGGAAGGCAUCUUUGUCAGUCUUACACCGGGCGAAGUCACAUUAUGGUCUGGUGCUAUGUUCAUCAGGAGAGGACCCUAUGAAAACGCCAUCCUACGAUUUCAGAUUUCUUUCCCAGACACUUAUCCACGCCUGCCGCCCCUUGUCACAUUCUCCUCAGACAUGUUCCAUCCACUUAUUGCUCCUCUCACCACCUACAUGUACACAACCGACAUUCAGGACAAUGGAACCGUCAGUGCCACCGACGACGAACGCCUCCCGCCCGGGGGCUUCUCGCUCCGCCACGGCUUUCCCGGCUGGUUCGGGAGGAGGGGCCGUAGCAACACCACCAGCGCCAGAAAGGUCAGCGGCGGGCAGCAGCCUCCAGCCACACCGGCCAAGGGUGGCAGCAGCAGCGCCAUUACGACCCCAGACUCAAGAGCCACUGCAGGCCCCACUACUGCGAGUGGCAGCAGCAUAUCAACCUACGAGGUCCUGCAGUACAUUCGCAGCACGUUUGACGAUGAAGCUGUGCUUGACUCAGUACCGCUUGAGGCUGCGGGGAACCCUGGUGCCUGGCACGCGUGGCGUACUCGUCAGCGGCAGAGGGUAAAGCUGAGCGACAGCGCCGCUCCCCCUGCCAAUGCUUCUGUGCCCAAGGUAGACGGCGAAAACACAGAGGCCGAGCCUGAAGCAGAAGGGGCCGAGAAGGGUGACGAAAAGGAGGAACCGCCGGCUAAAGAAGGAGCAGAGACCGCUGCUGCAGCUGUGCCACCGCCGGCACCGACCAUGUCAUCAAGAGACCCGGGGCAGUGGAAUUGGGCUGGCGUUUGGGAGGACAGGGUCAAGAAAGGGAUCGCUGCUUCGCUUUCUGAGCCGGUCUUGUACGGCGGAGCAGCUGCCGGAGAUGAUUUAAUUCACUUUCUGUCGAUGGAAGAGAAUGACGUUGGUGUCGUCAAGGACAACUUGCUGCGCACCUUGGGAAGCACUGCCUGA